AUGUUUUCCCUUUCGGACACCGAUACAGCACCAAGAUUGACAUCCUUCCAACAAGGAGGAUGGGGCAAUUUUACAAUUCCUAAAAGAAAACAAGGGCAUUUAAGGAUGUUAUCCAAUCUGUUUCUUUGGCUUCCAGCCUACUCAGUUACAUGUCCCAAGAAUCCUUUUAAAUUAUUGGAAAGAAAGAUGAAACAAGUUUUUCAAAACUCAAAAAAGUUUGAGUUUCUUAAGGCAAUUUUAAUAUCUGAAUUCCAUCAAAGACAGGCAUUUUGGUGCAAAAUGAGUUCUGAUCUUAGUUUUGGUUUGUCAAAGAAAACUCACAUCUUUCAUCUCAAGGUGUGGGUUUUAAUUGCAAUCUUUUUGGGCAUCUUUUCUGUAUUGGUUCUCUUGCUGUUGUUGUUUUGCGUAUCACGUAAGAAGUCAAAAAGGGGUAGUGAUACACUUCCCAUAAGCCAGAUUCCAAAUGUAUCUGAGGAAAUCAAAGAGAUACGGGUAGAUCAAUAUUCAGCCAACCACUAUGUUGGCAAUGGCAGGGAUUUCUUCACUGUCCAGGGCAAGAAUGAAAAAGACUCAGAUAAGCUUGUGGCACGCUUUAGCGAUGAGAAGGCAAAGAACGGUGAUAAUAGCAGUCAAUCCGUUUCGUUUAAUUACCUGGAGAAAGAUGAUGCUGCGCCUGAAUCUGUGGAGAAGAAGUGCUCUGUAGCAGUAUACCGUCCUUCUUCAGAUCCUAUAACUGUGUCUUCCCCUCUAGCUGGCCUACCUGAGCUCUCUCACCUUGGUUGGGGUCAUUGGUUUACCCUGAGGGAUCUAGAAAAUGCAACGGGCAAGUUUUCAAGGGAUAAUAUUAUUGGGGAGGGUGGAUAUGGAGUUGUCUAUUGGGGCCAACUGGUCAAUGGUACUUUUGUGGCCGUGAAAAGGCUCCUAAAUAACUUAGGACAAGCAGAGAAGGAAUUCAGGGUGGAAGUCGAGGCUAUUGGUCACGUUCGGCAUAAAAACUUAGUUCGGCUUCUUGGUUAUUGUAUUGAAGGAACGCAUAGGGUAUUGGUAUAUGAGUACGUCAAUAAUGGCAAUCUAGAGCAGUGGCUCCAUGGAGCUAUGUCCCAGCAUGGAUACCUCACUUGGGAGGCUCGUAUGAAGAUUCUCCUUGGCACAGCAAAGGCUCUUGCAUAUCUGCAUGAGGCGAUUGAGCCCAAAGUGGUGCAUCGAGAUAUUAAGUCGAGCAAUAUAUUGAUUGAUGAGGACUUCAAUGCUAAAAUAUCAGAUUUUGGCCUUGCUAAGUUGCUGGGUGCUGGAAAGAGUCAUAUCACUACUAGAGUAAUGGGAACCUUUGGAUAUGUGGCUCCGGAAUAUGCAAACAGUGGCCUCCUAAAUGAGAAGAGUGAUGUUUAUAGCUUUGGCGUUGUGCUUUUGGAAGCAAUAACUGGCAGAGAUCCCGUUGAUUACAGUCGCCCUGCAACUGAGGUGAAUUUGGUCGACUGGCUCAAGAUGAUGGUAGGAGCCAGACGGUCAGAAGAAGUGGUUGAUCCCAAUAUUGAGACUCGGCCAUCAACAUCUGCCCUGAAACGAGCUCUUUUGACUGCCUUAAGGUGUGUUGAUCCAGACUCUGACAAAAGGCCAACAAUGAGUCAAGUUGUGCGAAUGAUCGAGUCGGACGAAUAUCCACUGCAACGAGAUGGUCGUGGAAGGAGGAAGAAUCAAGUGGUUGAUAAUGGGAAGGAGAACUCUGAUACAGAUAGGAAUGGCAAUCGUAAUAUGAGAAUCAGUGUCAGAGAUGGGACGGAGAAGGAUUCUUUUGAGGCUAAGGGUCUUAGCCUCAUGUUCGUUCCAACUGGAGAAGUUGUCGGGUCCGGAGUUGAUCAAAUUGAGGGUCUUCCUCUACAGUUGAGAGGUGGCCCUUUAGUUCGCGUAAGGCUCUGCUGUUCAUGUGCGGCUUCCACAUGGUUCGUGGUGAAUUGGCUAUUCCAUCCUACAUGA